AUGUCCGGAACUGUCAACACUCUUCUGCAAGAUCUCGGAUUUGAUGAUGCCGAGACUGGAGACUCCGCCCCCAUUCCGCUUCCCAAUGUUGAUGCCGUUACCCUCGAAAAGGUUCUAAAGUGGUGCGAAUACCACAAGAACGACGCCCCGGUCGUGGAGGCUGAUGACAUCCGAUCGAGGCGCACUGACGACAUCACCCCCUGGGAUCAGGAAUAUCUCAAGGUCGACCAGGGAACGCUCUUCCACAUCAUUUUGGCGUCGAACUACCUGGAUAUCAAGGGUCUCCUGGAUCUGUGCUGCAAGACAGUAGCCAAUAUGGUCAAGGGCAAGAAGGUCAAGGAAAUUCGAACGCUCUUCAACAUCAAAAAUGACUGGACCGAGGAGGAAGAGGCUCAGAUUAUCCGCGAGAACUCCUGGUGCGAGGAU